GGCUCUUUUCUCUGUUUAAUCGGCGGAAUCUCUCGUCUUACUUUUUUUUUCUUCCGGUAGAUCGAUCCAGCUACGAGAUUAACCAUGAAUCCUGAAUAUGACUAUUUGUUCAAGCUUUUGCUCAUUGGUGAUUCUGGUGUUGGAAAGUCAUGCUUGCUUCUAAGGUUUGCUGAUGAUUCCUACCUGGAUAGCUAUAUCAGCACCAUUGGUGUUGACUUUAAAAUCCGCACAGUCGAACAAGAUGGAAAGACCAUCAAACUCCAGAUUUGGGAUACAGCAGGCCAAGAACGUUUCAGAACAAUUACUAGCAGUUACUACAGAGGAGCUCAUGGAAUAAUUGUGACUUAUGAUGUAACAGAUCUAGAAAGCUUCAACAACGUCAAGCAAUGGCUAAAUGAAAUCGACCGCUACGCCAGUGAGAAUGUUAACAAGCUACUGGUUGGGAACAAGUGUGAUCUCACAUCACAGAAAGUUGUAUCCACUGAGACAGCCAAGGCUUUCGCAGAUGAACUUGGAAUCCCAUUCUUGGAAACAAGUGCUAAGAAUGCUACCAAUGUCGAAGAAGCUUUCAUGGCCAUGACUGCUGCAAUCAAGACAAGAAUGGCGAGCCAACCUGCAGGAGGAUCUAAGCCACCAACGGUCCAGAUCAGAGGACAACCUGUUAACCAGCAAUCAGGUUGCUGCUCCUCUUGAUUCGCUUUGGUAACACUUAACCAUAUUAUCAUUCGUUUGCAUGUAAGAAAUCUAAACAACGUUGCUUCUUAAAUCUUUUGUAUUUGGUUUUUUAAUUUUUCACUUAUGUCAAAAAGCUUUUAAAUUCUUUGUAAUGGUACUUGGAUUAAUAAACUCCUUUAGUAAAA